AUGGUAGUUGGCGAUAAUUCGUCGACCGAUCUUGAAGUUCACGGCUCUGCGGGGUCUGCGUGGUUCCAACAGUCGCAGGAAAAUCCGCUCACAGUGCCCCUGGACAAGAACGACGAAGAUACUUACCUUCUAUGCCUUGAGUCGGACUUGACCAAUGAAAUGCCCAUCAUGUUGGCAUAUCUCAAUGAUGGCACAGUCCAGGCAUGGUAUAUCACCCAUCCCGACUCUAAGCCAUACAAUGGACUGAUUCAACCUCCUCAACCCGCGGCGCCGAGUCCCUUCUCACAAACAACAUCCGUCUUGGGGCAGUCAUCUUUCGGGCAAAGUUCCGCUCAUGCCUCGCCAUUUGGACAGAAUUCCGCACCGGUUUUCCCCAGCAAUCCGUCGCCUUUCGGAGGAAGCUCCUCCUCAAGCACUGUUGCUUCGCAACCUGUAGCGCCACCCAUGUCCGCCACCCCCUCAAUUUCGAUGGGAGAUAAUACGGGCCCUUCUUUUGGUGGUUUGUCCCUGGGCGCAUCGAGCUCAGACAGCAAACCAAAAUCCACCACGGGAGGUUUAUUCGGAGGUUUUAAUUCUUCGCCCAGUCCCCUUCCACUGCUCCCAAAUCAUCCAGCCAACCAACCAGCAAAUCCAGCCCCUUCAAAAUUCUCAGAUCCGAGUUUGGUCAAGCCUGCCGCCGGGUUUGGUGCAUUCGGUGGCGCAUCCACCGGUGCCUUCAGCAAUCCACAACUUCCGUCCUCGAAUGCAUGA